ACUUCCGAGCUGAGAGCUGGGGGGAACCCUACUCUAAAAGAGGACUAGGGAGUCUGUGGCUCGGGGACGGGGUUACUGGGAGAGUGAAUUGGGUUGGUCGGAGUUUCAUGCAGGACCGGGGUUCCUGGGCACCCCCCUCCUGAUACAGAAAUGCCACCCUCGGCAAGGAAAUCGAUCAAGGAGCGCGAGCUGUUCUCCCUGACCUCAUCCUUACCAUGCGCCUCGUGGCUGAAGGUACUGCUGUGUAGCCCGCUACGCUAUCUAUGGAUGGUCCUCAUGGCCCUCACUGUGCUCUGUGUGGCCAUCCAGAUCCUAGGAGUUGUCUGGCAGUCCAGGAACGAUAAGAUGUUGAGCAAGAAGCUCCUGAAUGUGCGGUUUACCAUCGAGAUCCAGGGAACGCUCCCAACUGAGCAGAGGGACUGGGAAAACUUGCGCUCUUCGCAUGCCCCUGUCGUAGAAGAGGAAGUGAGGUCACAGGAGGAAGGAGCUCCUAAACAAUCGGCCAAAGAGAACCAGAAGGUAGCAGAACAUCAAGAUGGCAGAGAUGAGCCAGGAAUGGAGAGGAGACUCCAGGUGCAUCACCAACAUUUAAAGCUCUCAAACACUUUCAAUAAGGUCAAAGACUCCAGGAAAGAGGAAAGGGGUAAAGUUUUAGCAGUAAAGGCAGCCCUGCCCAAAGUCACAUUGGGUGAUGAUGAGUUGCAUUUGGGGGUUCCCGGGUCUGUGGUUCUCCAGCAGGGCCACCCAGCUAUCAGAGUGGUAUCUACCCUGUCUCACAAACCUUUCCAGGUCCCCUUAACCAAUCAGCUGAAGAGUAGAAACAGCCUUGCCCCUCUAGGCACCAACUCUGUAUUUGCCGGGGUGAUAAGCGAAGUGAAACCGGGGAUUGCCACCUCCACCUGUCGGCCGAAGAACCACAUCGUCUUUCUAAAGACGCACAAAACGGCCAGCAGCACCAUCUUGAACAUCUUGUAUCGCUAUGGCGACAGCCGCAAUCUGACCUUCGCCCUUCCGCUGAACAUGCACAGCCAGCUGUUCUAUCCCUUCUUCUUCGCCUCACACUUUGUGGAGGGAGUUAGGAGCCGCAGUGUCAAAAAGUUCCACAUCAUGUGCAACCACAUGAGGUUCAGACCACCAGAGGUGAGGAAGGUGAUGCCCCAGGACACAUUCUACUUCUCCAUCCUGAAGAACCCUGUUGCCAUGAUGGAGUCCAUCUUCAUCUACUACAAGAGCAUUCCCGCCUUCCACAAGGCCCGCAGCCUGGACGACUUCCUCGACAAUGGUUGGCGUAGUUACAACACGUCCCUGCCCAACAACCACUACGCCCGUAACAUCCUGACCUUUGACUUUGGCUUUGACAACAACGUCGCCACAGAGACGCCCGGAGACCUAGAGACGCGGGCCGCCACAGCCAUUGGCGCCAUCGAGGAGGACUUCCACCUUAUCCUCAUCUCAGAGUACUUUGACGAAUCCAUGAUCCUGCUCAAGCGCGCCCUCUGCUGGUCUCUUGACGACAUUGUCUCCUUCAAGUUGAACAGCCGGAGCGAGCGCGCACGGAACAUGCUCUCCCCGCACACCGCUGACAAGAUCAGAGCCUGGAACGCCCUUGACUGGCGGCUCUACCUGCACUUUAACGCCACCUUCUGGCGACGCGUGGACACUACUGUGGGGCGUGAGGAGAUGAGGCGGGAGGUGACUCGGCUGCAGGAGCAACGUGCCAAACUAGCCAAAACCUGCCUGAAGGAUGGUGGUGCAGUGGACCCGUCGCAGGUACAGGAUGCAGGGCUGAAGCCCUUCCAGUAUGGAGCGGCCAUCAUCCAGGGCUACAACCUGAACCCUGGGCUGGACGGGCCCACCAAAACACUCUGUCAGAACCUGAUCACUCCAGAGCUGCAGUACACAGACACUCUUUACACCAAGCAGUUCCCGGAGCUUGCCACUAGGCAGAGACAGGCCACCAAACUGGUCGCCUCACAACGUCAGCUUGAUCCAGCCAAGGACAGCCCAAACAAAGCAGCCAUGGCUGGGCCGGUGAGGGUGAGGGAGGCCCGACACAGUAGGACAGCCAAGAGUGGACCCAGAAACCCUAAUGCCCAGAACCAAAAUGACAGAAACAUGCCUUGAGGUGUGGCUCUUUAAACAUAGACUAUGGGACUAAUGGGACAAUCCAAAUCCACAGGAGCUCAUCAUUGAUGCUGAGCACAGGGGUCUUUUUCAGCUGAACAGCCGAUGGCUCUGUUUUGUCUGUACAGUGAGGACGUUUCGCUGCAAAUUAUGCUGACUCUGGCUGGCUGCAGUGCAUAGGGCCAGUUUGCUGACUUUGGUGGCACUAGGAUAAGCUCUAGUGUUUCUAUCCAACGA